CAUUUGUUUAUAAACGCAAAUUAAUUUUUGGAAGAAACUUAAUAAAACAUGGACAUCAAGAAAAUAUCUUUCGGGUUUAGUAAAACCGCGAAGAAGUGUAAUUUGCUGUCAACAAGCAAAGGAAAGGAAAAAGAAGAACCCAAAGUGGAACUCAUAAAAUGUUUGGAGGGCCAUGAAAUAAAACUAUUCGAAGAGAAGAAGGAGGAGCCUCCUAUGGUCAUUCCAUUGAAGGAGGACACUAAAACUUCAGCGGCACUUGCAAGUUUGAUAAAAAGACGAGCUGUUUUGCUGGGCGAAUCAGAUGAACCGAUAAGCAAAGUGAACACAGAAACUAAUGGCACAAGUGGAAAGGUGAUCAACGAGAGUUUAGAGGAAAGAGCUGCUCGUGAGUUACUUGCUUCAGUACAAGGUAACGACGACGGACCCGUUGAUAAAAAUCUUGUACUACCUACUUUAAAAGCAGACGAGUUGCCACUUGAAGGCGCCAAACAAUCGUCUAUAGAUGAUUAUGAAAAUGUACCCAUAGAACAAUUUGGAAAAGCUAUGUUACGCGGCAUGGGCUGGGUUGAGCCCAUUCAAAAAAAGGGUGGUCCACCAGAAGAUGAAAUGCCAUUUGUGCGUCCAAAGGGAAUGGGGUUAGGUGCUGAUAAAGCCCUCAAAAAACAGCCCUUAUUAGUUGCACCAGAGAAAAAUGAAGUGCUCGAAAUCAAAAAACAAGCAUUCGUGCGUAUAUUGGGUGGAAAACAUAAAGAUAUGUACGGGCAAAUAGAAGGAUUCGAUGAUCAUGCGGCACGUGUGAUUGUCAAAAUGGCUAUAGGCGGCAAUAAAGAAGCGUUUAACGAGUUUUUAUGUCAACCAGUAGCGAAGAAGGAAUACGCUCAGUACGGAAAAUGCAUAAAUACAGCAAAAUAUGAAGAGUAUAAAAAGAUGGAGAAUGAACAUGGACAAAUUAUUAUUAAGCAAGAAGAUACUGAAAAGAAACCAAGACCAGUAAAAGAAGUUCGAAAAGUGGAGGAUGAAUACCAAAGGGGUGAUGAUGACAAACGCAAGGCAGAUAAUAAAGCCAGAGAUAGACGUGAUGAAAGGCGAAAAACUGAGGAAAAGCAACGACCUGAGCAUCGAAGUAAAUCCCGUCACCAUGGAACCGAAGAUCAUUCCUAUAAUGGCAAUCGAGAUGAUGACGACCGACGGUGUGACGAUUAUAGGAGCAGCAACUCGCGACGUUAUGCACUUGAGCAGCACGACGUCUCCAGUCGGCGAAACCGUUAUGACGAACGUCGCAAUGAGCGCGAUCAAUCCAAACGUAGAUCGAGGGAACGCAACAAUCGAACAGAGAUAGAAAGUGCACCGUCAGCCAGUGGGAGCAGCAGCAGACGUCAACAGUAUACCGAUGACACAAGUGCCUCUUCAGGCACAGAUAGCGAUUCGGACUCGGCGUAUGAGCGCAAGGCCAAAAAGAAGUCGAGUCACAAAUCAAAGGCAAAAAAGAAAAGCAGUAAAAAAUCGAAACGCAAGCACAGACACAGAACGAGCGACACUGAGACCUCAUCAGGCAGUGAUUCUGAGAGAGAGGAAGACUCAUAUCGACGGGAAAAGAAACAACAUAAAAAGAAGACAAAGAAAAGCAAGAAGCCACGUUCAAGGUCCCGUUCACAUGAUCGCAGCAGCAGAAGAUGACUUAUGAAAUGGUGAUUGAAUUCAAUAUGUAAUUUGAUUUGUGAUUAAGCUGAACUCUGUCGAAUUUCACAUCAAAAUGAAACUUGUUUAUUCGCAAAUAUUUGUAAUAUGUAUCGAUCAUUGUAAUUCUACAAAUGUAAACACGUAAAUACUAAUGUUUUAAAUAUUAUAUAUUUAAUAUUUUUAGAUAAUCGUGUUCAUAUUUAAAUAUGUAUUUCGCCAGUACGAAAAUGCUUAUCUUUACUUUAGGGUUCAAAUACUUAAUUUCUUUCAUAAUUAAUAAAUCACAAUUAAAACGAGAUUGUUCGAAUGUAGGUUAUAUAGAAUGAAGGAAUUAUGACGAUAACGCUUAUAAAAGUAUGAUGCUUAUGAUUUUGACGAGUCGAUUACGGAUGGUAACCGAACUUCAGUUGCGCUGAAAUAGUAUUACAGACGUCAACUGGACACCGAAAGCAAUUCAAUUUUUGUGCUUGCGGUGACAGUAAAUUUAUUAAUUUUUCCAGCUUAUUUUUGCAGCUUAUUUACACUCAAGUCUUGAUUGCUGGUACUUCAAUAUUCUAUUAUCUCAAAAUAUAUAGCAUUUAAUUUUAGUUGCUAUUCAUAUUAUACAUUUUCAUUUCAGUGGUGUUGCCCAUCGGCAACCCAACUGUAGUUGCGCUGCUAUCCAUAAUCGAGUUGUGAAAUGAUAAAGGUAGGUAUUCCAAAUUUACGUACGAUAUACGCAUAGAUUGCAAAUAUCUGAUCAGAUUUUCUUAAGAGGCAAAUGAAUUCUACCAUCGAUGAUUGUUUAAUGGCACUAAGCUUUUUAUGGCAUCAUUAUUUUAAGACAAAUUUUAAAUUUUCGUAAAACUGUAUGAAAUUACUAUUUCUGAUUGAUGAAGUAUUUCGCUUUUUUUUAUAACUAGAUUGAUUACUUUUUUGGUAAUCUGCUUGAAUAUUUAUUGUUUGGUUUGUUGAAUUAAUGUUUUAGAUAAAGCUUAUACGCUAAAAAUCUAUAUAGUUGAAAUUCAAACUUUCUAUAUAGAGUAUUGUUUUAAUAUCUAUGUAUUUCUUAAAUUUCUGCAAUUCGCCUGUAAUUUAUUUAGAUUUUUUGAUAUUUCAUGAUUUCGACAAUUCAGUUUGCUUUGGUCGUAUGUUUCUUUCAUUACAGGAUAAUGCCAGCAAUAUUAUGUAAAGUGCAAUGGCAUAUUACCAUUAACAGCAUUUCCAAUAUAUGAAAAAGUUUAAUUAUAAAUCAUAUAAUGAACCUAUGAUGACUAAAAAUUUAUUUCUAACAUGAAUAAAUAAAAAUGCUAAAAAUGUCUUGCAUUCAGCAUAAGCUGUGAUUU